CUAAGCGUCACUACGGCCAUUUUAUCGUUGUCUACUGAUGCGGAUUUUAUUCAGAACAUUUUGAUAUCACUGACAACGAAAAAAAAAAAAAAUUUUAUCAGUAAACAACUGUGUGAAAAUACGAUGACGAUAUUUGUUUUGGUGCGAGAUAAAAAACAGGAUUAUUGCGUUCAUAAGAAACGUCAUAUUUCCUUUGAAAGGCGACGAGAUCGAAUUUGUAAAAAAAAAAUUAAAAUAAUUUGUGAAAAUGGUAGCUUAACGGAUGGUGUAAAAAAGCAGCGAAUGUUAGAAAAAAAAACUAGACCUGUUCUGAAAUAUACCGUACAGAAUUGUCGAAUCAAUUUAAAGAAAAUUAAAAACGUUCAUUUUUUUGAUAGAAAAAGUGGUUUUGAUGCUGAAACUGAAGAUUCUGAUUCAUCAUAUGAGCCAGCAGAGUCAGAAGGGUCGAUUGAAAAUGAGGAAUAUUUAGUAGCCAAUGUUUCAGAAGAUGAAAACUCUGAUAUUGAAAAUACUGGGUCAGGAAAUGUCGAUGAAUGUAACAAUGUUUCUCAAAAUACUUCCACUUCUACUUUAAACUGCUCUUUUAACGUUAAUGGACAUACUGGCUGGGAUGAUAGUGAUGUUGAAGCUGAAUUAACUGUUAAAAAAGGUAAUUUGAAAAAAGAUACGUGUUGUUUUUGUGAGAAAGAAUAUUUCAAAAUUGCACGUCAUUUGGAAACGGUCCAUAAAACAGAAAAAGAAGUACAAGAUUUUAUGAAAUUAGAAGAGUGCAGGCAGAAUGGAUCGAAUAGCUUUAUUGAGAAAGAGAGGAAAUCAUAUUUA